AUGAACUUUUCCGAUCCAAAAAACCGGUCCAAAAGACCUUUCUCCCCCGGACAUGCAGAAGACAUCCAGAUCCAGGACAGUUUGAUCACCAUGAUCUUCGGAGUGGGUGCCGCCGUGGCGGCCUUUCCACCGGUCAUGGAUUGCUGCGUCUCGAAGCUGGGCCGGAAGGGCGCCGUGAUCUUCGGAGGCCUCGUCUUCUGCCUAGGGGCUGCACUGCAGGCUCUAGCGCCUCAGCCGAAGGAUCCGAAGGAUCCAAAGGCCAUCAACAUGGCAAUGAUGCUGUUGGGUCGCAUCAUCGCCGGCUUCUCAGUGGGUUUGCUGUCGGGCAACGCCCCGGUCUACACCAGCGAGAUCGCACCCCCUGCGCUGCGCGGCGCGCUGGUCACGGGGUUCCAGUUCGCCAUCACGGUGGGUAUCAUGAUCGCCUUUCUCCUAGCCUUGGUCUUGGAAGAUGUCGAGAAACCCUAUGGCGGAUGGCGAUGGGUCAUCGCGGCACAGAUCGUCCCUGGCAUCAUGCUGGUGAUUGGCGGCAUCUUCAUGCCUGGCUCGCCUCGCUAUUUGGUACAACAAGGCACCCGGACGGCCUGGGGGGGCUGGUGUUGUUUCGUGGACCAUCAAGAAAUGGGACUUAACCAUCAAGAAAUGAGGCUUGAAGCAUCAAAACAUGUUGUUUUUUCAUGA